AUGCCUCAGAACGAGUAUAUCGAGCGAUGGCAGAAACAAUACGGGGAGCGCCUCGACCAUGAGGAACGCACCCGCAAGCGCAUAGCUCGUGAAGCGCACAAACAAUCUCACGAUGCGCAAUCCUUCCGCGGCCUACGGGCCAAGCUGUACCAAAAGAAGCGCCAUGCUGAGAAGAUCGAGAUGAAGAAACGGAUAAGGGCGCAAGAAGAGAAAAAUGUCAAGUCGUCUGCACCUAACGAACCUUCCUCCACUCCACUACCAAACUACCUUCUCGACAGGUCCCAGGAGACUAAUGCGAAAUCGCUUUCAAGCGCCAUUAAGAAUAAGCGUGCUGAGAAGGCGGCCCAGUUCUCAGUCCCUCUACCAAAAGUUAAGGGAAUAAGCGAAGAGGAGAUGUUCAAGGUCGUCAAGACGGGAAAGAAGACAGCGAAAAAGUCGUGGAAACGUAUGAUUACCAAGCCUACCUUUGUUGGCGCCGACUUCACCCGGAGACCAGUCAAGUACGAACGUUUCAUUCGACCCAUGGGUCUGCGUUAUAAGAAAGCGAACGUCACGCAUCCGAAAUUGGGCGUUACUGUACAGCUACCGAUUAUCAGUGUCAAGAAGAACCCUCAGAGCCCUAUGUAUACGCAACUGGGAGUGUUGACCAAGGGAACUAUUAUCGAAGUCAACGUGAGCGAACUGGGACAAGUCACGGCGAGCGGAAAGGUCCUAUGGGGCAAGUUCGCACAAAUAACAAAUAAUUGUGAAAACGAUGGAUGUGUUAAUGCAGUGCUUCUGGUGUAA